AUGUCAUCGGGCUCCCCGGGCUCAUCGGCCCCGCCGUUGCCCAAACAUGGAAAUGUGCACAACGCACCAGGACCACUUGGAUGUCGAUACACGGAUAGUCUGCAUCAACUCGAGAUUCAGCUCGUUUGCCGGGGGGUGCGGGAGAAGACUUUUCUCAAAAGAGGUAACACCGAUGUGCAUAUUCGAUUCGAUCACAUAAGUCUGAGCGUAACCGUGGAAAUAUUCGAUUUGAACAAGGUGACAAAGGUGAAAACGGUGCAUGAUCGACGAUAUUACGAGGUGGAUAAAUUCCCGAGCGAGAUCAUCGACGUGACGUUCAAGCUGAAAAAAGACUGCGUGGUGGUGUUGAUAAAGAAGAAAGUCGCCUCGUCAUGGGAGGGUUUGAUCAGUCAACAAGGAUUU